UCAAAGUAAAGGUCCAUAUAUCAAAACAAUGGCGGAAGAUUGCAUACUCGAAGUUGUUAAAGAGGAUGAUGACAAAGAGCUAAAGAUCGUACUUGUUGGAAAAGAAACCCAGGAUAAUGAAGACCUCACUAGAGCUCUUACGACGCUCGAGGCAGACAUUGUGAACUCGGAGACUGGGUUGGAACACGUUCAAGAUGCCAGCGAGUUUGAGACGAUGUUCAUCCUCACCAGCUUCGAGGGGGACGUCUACCACAAACUGCAUCGAGCGGAGGCGAGAAUACUCGGGCCUGCCGCGGUCAUCUCCUCCAUCAGAAAUAACGAGACUCUCCCGUUCACAAGCCGGCCUCUGUUCUGCACCGCCAUGAAAGGACUUAUUCUCUGUUUCACCGGCUUCAAAGUUCGGGAUCAGUUGUGUCACCUGGUAGAUCUGGUCCACCACAUGGGAGGCAGUGUGCGAAAAGACAUCAACUCUAAAGUCACACACCUCAUAGCCAACGCAUCAGGAAGUCAGAAAUACAAGUUCGCUGUCAGUAUGGGCACACCUAUUAUGAGUGAGGACUGGAUCCACAGAAUCUGGACUGAGCGAGAUGACCUUGACAUCAAGGCUGACAGCGAGAAAAUGAUGUCGUACCGACUCCGUCCGUUCUUUGAAUGUAGUAUUAGUUUCCUGGGAUUCUCCGCAGAGGAACAGAAACAUAUGGAGGAGCUGACUAUUGAAAAUGGUGGUCGGUACGAGGCUCUGGACAGUGAGGAGAGCACCCACUUGGUGGUGGAUGACCACAACGUCAAGGAACUGCCAUCCGACCUCAGUUUGCCUCAGUAUGUGGUGCGAGCAGAGUGGUUUUGGGGCGGGAUUCAGAUGGAAGCGUGUGCUGAUGAGGCAAUCUACACGUUCCACAAGCCCGUGCUGCCGAGUAAGUGCAUGUCUAACAGCAGUCUGCCCGGUUACAAGCUGGGGAAGAGGAAGCGCCUCAAGCAGCUGGUGGACGAGGGCGAGGUCGAGUUCCUGUCCAGCAAACGGCGAUCCAGCGAGCUCGGGAUCUCGAUGAGCCCCAACUCCUUCCUCGACGCCUCACACACGCCCGACAAGUCUGACUACAUCACCGAGUCGAAGUUGGAGAAUAAUGAGAAUCACAUGAUCGCUAACAAUGCGAAGCCGUCGGCAAGACAGCUCGUCGUGAAGGAGUUACUGCAGACGGAAAUCAACUAUGUGGGCAUCCUCAACACUAUACUCAAUACGUUCAAGGCACAGAUAGAGAAGCCCGACCAGUACAACGGUCCGCUACUGCCCCCGCCGGCCGUGAAGAUCAUCUUCGGUAAUAUUCCACCCAUCUACGACGCUCACUGCAAGAUGCGGGCCAAGCUGCAGGACGUCAUCGAGAACUGGAGGGAGGACAUUUCUAUUGGAGACGUCAUCCUUCAGCAUGCUGAUGCUUUGACGACGGCAUACCCUCCGUUUGUGAAUUUCUUUGAAAAUACAAAGAAGACGAUUCUGGAGAGUGACAAAACCAACCCAAGAUUCCACGCUUUCCUCAAGGUUUGCUUGACGCGGCCGGAGUGUGGAAGACAAACAUUAGAGGAACUGUUGAUUAGACCCGUCCAGAGAUUACCCAGCGUAGUGCUACUGUUAGGAGAUAUCAAGAAACACACAGACUCAAAGAACCCAGACCAUCAGAAAUUGGACGAAGCAAUUUCCAAAUUGAAAGGCAUCAUGACUUACAUCAACGAAGACAAACGAAGAACAGACAAUCAAGUGGCAAUGUUUGAUAUCAUGAAAGAGAUUGACAAUUGUCCAGCCACAUUGAUUUCGUCUCACCGGAGUUUUGUGGACCGAAUCGACGUGCUGGAGCUGUCUGACCACCUCAGUGGGCGGGGCAAUCCACUCUCUUUAUUUAUCUUCACAGACAGCAUAGAGAUAUGUAAGAGACGAGUCAAAGUGCUACAUUCAACCAGGAGUCCUGCAGCCUACAAGACGCCACAGAAAGCUUACAAACACAUAGAGAUGAUGUCGUUAACGACGAUAAAGCGAGUCUUAAAUGUCAUAGAGUCCGAUGAUUGCCGAGGUGUGUUUGCGUUCAUCACACGGAACAACAUGGAGUUGAAAGAGAAACUCUACAGCUUCAUGCUGGACAUGGAGGAUGUCUCGAAAACCGACAAGCUUCGAGAUCUGUGUAAACACCUCGCUAACACACUGUGUCGUACAGACUACGAGACGUUACUUGCCACAGUGAAGGGAGAUGAGCUGAACAUCAACACCAAAGACCUCAGCAAUAAACUAAGCAAAGCUGUCAAGUUUGGCAAGCGAGUCAGUAGAGCAUUUUCUUUUAACAAGACUCCGAGCCGGUUGAAGCGAGCGAUAUCCAGUGUCACACACAAAGGAUUCAGUCCCUUUGUUCGAGAGAACUCCGUCACGCCGGGUGAUCUCAAGGGGAGACGACUGGCCAGCACUUUCGAUCUGACUGAUUCUUCACCUACCUUGAGCCACUUUGAUGACAGCGAUUCCAUCAGUUUAGGAGCCUUUUCUCUGCAGGAAGAAAUCUCGCCGAGGUCAUUUCAAACUCCGUCUAAAAAGUUAACCAAAUACACAACGCUUGGUCCCAGCUCGGCAAAGAAGUAUUUAUGAUGACUGAUGUCGGAUAACUACAUGUAUAUAUUGGUUGGUGCUAUGUACACAGGAGAGCCACCACAAAACCACACAUGUGAAACGGGUACUGACCUACCCCAGAUUAUCCCUCGUCUGCAAGGUCAAGGUCACAGCAAGUUCUUAUAGAAAUAGAGAAGACAGCUGCUAUAAAAUGUUUUAAAAACAUUGUCGACUGCGUGACUCGGGAUAGACGCAUAUUGACUCGGGAUAGACGCAGACUAAAGACCGUUGUUAUGUGAACGUGUCUGCUUCAGUUCGGCAAGGGAUCAGAGACGUUGAAACCUGUUCAACUUUGAAACUGUGUGCGGAGUGUCUGCAUCCAUUACAGAUAUUAGGGAAACCAGGCAUUAGUUGAUGAAACUUAUUGAUGAGUUAAAUGUGUUAAUUAACUGCAUUGAUGAUUUGAAAAGAAUCGGUCAUUUAUUUUGGUGCCAAAUUCACAAGCCUAUUUACAAUGUGUCUUCAACCACUUCUGCCAUUAAAGAUUUCUGUUCUUUUUCACCUAGUUGUAUACAUUAAAUAUAAAAUAAGAUAUCUUUUAUAUAAUAGGGAUAGAAAUUUUUGGUAUAUGUAAAUACACGUUAAGUGGCAAUAAAUUUGUCAUGUAUGAAGAGAGUAUAAGCAAAAUAUUGUGGAAAUAUAUCAAGUUUACCUAUAUACAACACAUUUGAAAUUUUAUUCAUGUAUAGGCCUACUAUCUGUGUCAAGUGCCUGUAUGUUUUUAUUUCAAAGAAAGCCUAGUUCAGUUUUUUUUUUUUUUUAAAGAAGUCAAAUCCUGCAUUAAAAUUGCUUCCUGUUUUUUUUUGCUAAGAUGAAAAGGGACCAAGAGAUAACUCUCUUGAAUAGUUAUAACUAUGCAGCUAAUAAUAGUCUUAUUCAAUUUACUGUGCUAGCGCAACAACAAUGCUAUACAACCCUGAGUUAUAACCUUGAGGUCAUAUCACAUUGUUGUUGUGCUAGCACUAGUUAAGUAUGAAUAAUAAAAAAUAAAAUAAAAUAUAAUUUUAUUAUCUAAAGUUAACCUUUAACACAGGCUCGUGAUUUUUUUUAAGCCUUUAUUUCAUACUGCUGGGUAUUUUUUGCAUAACAUAAUUUUCAUAAUCAGAGUUGAUUUGGUCUGCAAUGCUUUAAAAGUUACUUUUAUUAAAGUACAUGUUUGAUAUAAAGGUUUCGGCUUUUUAAAUGGGCUUCACAUCCUUCUAAGAAAUUAUGUAGGGUAAAAAAAAUUAUAUAGUUGUGCCCCAUUACCACUGAGACUAGUUAAUUCUGGAUUCUGUUUUUAGUCUGGCCAGAUUACUGAAGCCGGCUUUAUAUCAUUUAAAUUGUAUGUUGUAUCCCCUGGGAUCAAAGUAUCCAAUGUAUGGAUGGCAAUAUUGAUGGAAAAAUAUAUUUAUGUGAUGGAGCAGUUUGCAUGAGUGAACGCUGUAAGUUUGGCUUCAAAGUGGGCGACCGAUUUUUUGUUUUAAUUUACAGUGUGACUGUUUUAUUUAAUGUUGCAGUGAACUGUCCAAACUAUAUUUACGUAGAAUUGAUAAAUAGCAUACUGUCUAAAUCAUACUGAUAUAUAAUUGACAAAUAGCAUACUGUCUAACACAUAUUGAUAUGCAAUUGACAUUUAUAGCAUACUGUCUAAAUCAUAUUGAUACGGAAUUGACAUUUAUAGUAUACUGUCUAUAUUAUACUGAUAUGCAAUUGGCAUUUAUAGUAUACUGUCUAUAUCAUACUGAUAUGGAAUUGACAUUUAUAGCAUACUGUCUAAAUCAUACUGAUAUGGAAUUGACAAAUAGCAUACUGUCUAAAACAUAUUGAUAUGGAAUUGACAUUUAUAGUAUACUGUCUAAAUCAUAUUGAUGUGGAAUUGACAAAUAGCAUACUGUCUAACACCUAUCGAUAUGGAAUUGACAUUUAUAGUAUACUGUCUAAAUCAUAUUUAUAUGGAAUUGAUAAGUAGCAGUGUACUGUCCAAACCACACUAACGUGAAAUUGACAAUUAGUAUAGUGUCUAAAUCAUACUGAUGUGGAAUUGACAAAGAGUGUAUUGUUUAAACAAUAUUGAUGUGGAAUUAUCAAGUGGUAUAAUGUCUAACCUAUAUAAAUACAGGAUUGAUAAAUAGUAUACUGUCUAAACCAUCGUGAUGUGGAUUUGAUAAAUAGUAUACUGUCUAAAUCAUAUUGAUAUGGAAUUGAUAAGCAUUGUAAUUUUGAAUACAUACUGAUACAGAAUUGACAAAUAGUAUACUGUGUAAACCAUAUGAUGAUUGACAAAUAGUAUACUGUCUAAACCAUACUGAUAAUUGACAAAUAGUAUACUGUCUAAACCAUCGUGAUGUGGAUUUGAUAAAUAGUAUACUGUCUAAACCAUCGUGAUGUGGAUUUGAUAAAUAGUAUACUGUCUAAACCAUCGUGAUGUGGAUUUGAUAAAUAGUAUACUGUCUAAAUCAUAUUGAUAUGGAAUUGAUAAGCAUUGUAAUUUUGAAUACAUACUGAUACAGAAUUGACAAAUAGUAUACUGUGUAAACCAUAUGAUGAUUGACAAAUAGUAUACUGUCUAAACCAUACUGAUAAUUGACAAAUAGUAUACUGUCUAAACCAUACUGAUAAUUGACAUAGUAUACUGUCUAAAUCAUACUGAUAAUUGAUAAAUAGUAUACUGUGUAAACCAUACUGAUAAUUGAUAAAUAGUAUACUGUCUAAACCAUACUGAUAAUUGACAAAUAGUAUACUGUGUAAACCAUACUGAUAAUUGACAUAGUAUACUGUGUAAACCAUACUGAUAAUUGACAAAUAGUAUACUGUCUAAACCAUACUGAUAAUUGACAUAGUAUACUGUCUAAAUUAUACUGAUAAUUGACAAAUAGUAGACUGUCUAAACCAUACUGAUAAUUGACAAAUAGUAUACUGUCUAAACCAUACUGAUAAUUGAUAAAUAGUAUAGUCUAAACCAUACUGAUAAUUGACAAAUAGUAUACUGUCUAAACCAUACUGAUAAUUGACAAAUAGUAGACUGUAAACCAUACUGAUAAUUGACAAAUAGUAGACUGUGUAAACCAUACUGAUAAUUGACAAAUAGUAGACUGUCUAAACCAUACUGAUAAUUGACAAAUAGUAGACUGUCUAAACCAUACUGAUAAGUGGAAUUAACCAGCGGUGUAAUGUCUAAACUAUAUCAAUACAAGACUGACAAAUAGUACUGUAUACUGUCUAAACCAUAUUGAUGUGGAAUUGAUAAGUAUUGUAAUGUCUAAACUAUAUCAAUACAAGACUUGACAAAUAGUACUGUAUACUGUCUAAACCAUAUUGAUGUGGAAUUGAUAAGUAUUGUAAUGUCUAAACUAUAUCAAUACAAGACUGACAAAUAGUACUGUAUACUGUCUAAACCAUAUUGAUGUGGAAUUGAUAAGUAUUGUAAUGUCUAAACUAUAUCAAUACAAGACUGACAAAUAGUACUGUAUACUGUCUAAACCAUAUUGAUGUGGAAUUGAUAAGUAUUGUAAUGUCUAAACUAUAUCAAUACAAGACUUGACAAAUAGUACUGUAUACUGUCUAAACCAUAUUGAUGUGGACUUGAUAAGCAUUGUAAUGUCUAAACCAUAUAAAUACAGGAUUGACCGGUUUUAAUAGUGUCAGUCAUUGUAGAGGUUUUCUAGUUGCCAGUGCAUACGACUAACAAUUUAUUUAUUCCAACAAUGUGUACUGUACACCUUUCACUUGUGAUGUACGAUUGAAAAUGCACAGUCUCACACGGGGAACUCGUUUAGUAUUCUCUAUUUAUCCUAUAACUUGCCCAUGAUAUCCAUGUUAUAAACCCAUGUGAUAAUGUAGUGUAUUAACUCGGUUAAUAAUGGUAUGCAAAUUUAAACGUAUAUGCUAAUUUGCAAGGUCACUAGGUAAUAAUGUGUUACUGUGGAUGGGUCAUUUGUUUACAAGCCAACAAGACCUGUAUACCUGAGCGUGCGGUUUUCAUAAGAUGUAGUUAAAAUACGUGACGUGAAACUAAUUUGAAACUAAUUUGUGCUAAUCGUCAUGAGGUGACUUUACUACUGUGAUUUAGUAAAUAUCAAAUUAAAAUGUUAUUUAGAAGUGUUAUAGGAUAAAUAGAAUUCGCUACUUGUGUUUUUCAAUAUGUAAAACAUGAACCUCGUCUAGUUAAUCGCAUUUGUCUCGGCAGAGCCUCAACAAAUACGAUUAACGUAGACUCAGUUGAUAUUUUACGUAUUAAAGAACACUUGUCACGAAUCCUCAGUGUAUACAAUUCUUGGAAGUCCACGCUGGUAAUGUGGUGUGGAGAAGGAAUGUUUUGUUCACUAUUGUGUUGUGAUGUGCUGUGCCAUUUUGUAAACUUUUAAAUCCAUAGACUGCAUUUUGUGGCAAAACCCUUUCCAAGUUGCAAGUGUUAAUGGUGGUAACUUGCUACAUGGGUUCAUGAGGUGAUGUACCAAAGAACUGAUUUUCAUAAUCAGAUGUCCUAUUGUGAUACUGUUUCUCAACUUCAGCUUCCUCUCACAAUCAUUUGCACUCAUUAAGUCAUAUUUCACAAAAUAUUUUGAGUGUAUUGUAUCAGUAACCAGUUAAGACCCAGUACUAUAAAUAAAUAAAGUUAAAGUUAGUUUGUUUGGUUUAAUGACACCCGGCACCACUAGAGCACAUUGAUUAAUUAAUCAUCAGCUAUUGGAUGUCAAACAUUUGGUAAUUCUGACUCGU